AUGAAAUUGUCUAAACAAGUUUGGCUGCUGAAUUUUAUUUUGUUGCGAUUUAUAAUUGCUACAAACACUAAGCUUAACUGUCCUCCAGUUGACGAAUGUGGAAAGGUUACUAUACCUUACCCUUUUUCAACUAUAGAUGAUUGCUACCUAGACGAGUCUUACUACAUACAAUGUGACCCUAAAACACAAAUUCCCCAACUCAACAUAUCUAGCCUAAUUGUGUUACAAGAUGGACAAUUGAGUCAAAGCAGCGGUCAUCUAGAAGUUCUGGAGAUAAGUUUGGAUGGACGUCUAAUAGUGGCUAUACCGGCUGGGUAUGGUUGCUUUAACGAUCACGGAAUGUAUACUUCUUACUCAACAAUAUCGAUUGAAACGGUUAGGUUCCCCUUCUCAAGCACGCAAAACAAGUUAGUCGGAGUAGGUUGUGACAUUGAAGCGAAUAUAUGGCUAGCAAAAUCCUCUAUGCCUACAAGUUGUGGGACUAAUUGUGACCGUUUCAAUGAUAUUAAAAAUGGUACAUGCCAAGGCUCUGGGUGUUGCAUAACAUCCAUUCCUCAAGGCAUAACGAUGGCUUCAUUUGCGGUUAGUGUUAACCAAAACCAAUUAAAGGCAUCAGAUUAUAGCAAGUGUGGCCAUGCUUUCAUAGUGGAAAAUACCAAGUAUAAUUUUAGUGUUGGUGAUGUUAGUACUAUGAGAAAUGACAUAUCUUUCCCGGUGGUUCUUGAAUGGUUUGCCGGCAAUACUUCUUGUGAAGAAGCAAAAAUGGACGAUACAACUUACAUGUGCAGAGGGAACAGUGUAUGUGAAGAUGCAGAUAGGGAAAGCGGUCUUCCUGCGUAUCAUUGCCAAUGCUACGAUGGAUAUAGUGGAAACCCGUAUGUCAGUGAUGGAUGUCAAGAUAUAAAUGAGUGUGAAUCUUCAGAACUCAAUAAGUGCCCGCGAGAAUAUAAUUGUAUGAACACAAAUGGGAGUUAUGAUUGUGUUUGCCCAAAGGGACUCCAAGCUGAUGCAAAAAAUGCUGGAGUGUGUACAAAGAGUGCAAAUUUACCGGAUAAUGCAGGUAAAGCUAUGGCAGGAAUUUUUGGUAUUGCAGGAGCAAUUAUAGUCAUGGCUUUGACAUAUUGUGGAAUAAAGAAGAGGAAAAUAAUCAAGGGUAGAGAGAACUUCUUCAAACAAAAUGGUGGAAUCAUGUUACAAAAUCUAUUUGCUAGGAAAGAUCAAGUCGACAAUAAUGCGAUAUUAUUCAACUAUGAAGAAAUGAAGAAAGCUACCAACAACUUCACUGAAACCAACAUUAUUGGCGAAGGGGGUUAUGGUGUCGUUUACAAAGGAAUCUUAGCAAACAAGACCACCGUUGCCAUCAAGAAGUCUAAAUUAAUUGACCAAAGUCAAAUAAAUCAGUUCAUUAAUGAGGUGGUAAUUCUAUCACAAAUUAAUCAUCCGAAUAUUGUAAAACUCCUUGGAUGUUGCUUAGAGACACAAGUUCCCUUGCUUGUGUAUGAAUAUAUAACCAAUGAUACUUUAUGCCACCACAUACACAAGGGAGCAAGCAUGACCUUUGAAACACGGCUAAAGAUAGCUACGGAAACCGCUGAAGCUCUUUUUUAUAUGAACUCGAACACACAAAUAAUCCAUAGAGAUGUCAAGCCCUCAAACAUACUAUUGAAUGAUGACUUUUCUGCCAAAGUGUCUGAUUUUGGAAUUUCAAGAUUUGUCCCAUUUGGUCAAAGCCAUCUAUCAACAUAUGUAAAGGGAACUAUAGGUUAUGUGGAUCCUGAAUACUUUUAUACGGGCAAAUUGAACGAGAAGAGUGAUGUUUAUAGUUUUGGAGUUGUUCUUGUAGAGCUACUUACCGGAACAAAGAUUCAUUCUUUAGAGAUUUCGUUAAACGUAUAUAGGGGCGCAGCAGCAUAUCUUUCUUCGCUAUUGGAACGCAAUGCAUUUUUUAAAGUUCUUGAUAAACAAUUAAAGAGCGAGGAGUAUGCUGACGUGGUGAUAGGUGUUGCUAAACUAGCAAUUAACUGCCUUGAUCUUGAAGGGAGGAACAGGCCUACAAUGAAAGAAGUGAAAAUAGAAUUGGAGCAACUAAGAUGUGUUUUGUCAUCAACUAGGUAG